AAGAAGGCAAGCAUCAUUUGGCAAUCAACCCACUGGUUAUUCUCACCAAGAAACGAGAGCCUGGCUAGAUCCCGCCCAGAAAGGGGAUUAUUCCAAUCAUACAACUUUGAUCCUUACCACUUGGUAUCAGAGCCGGUGAUGGGCACCCACGCUAACCGCAUCGAAGCCCUCGAAGUGGCUGGCCAAGAAAACGACCAGAAGCUCACUGCAAUCCUCGAUCAAUUGGCUGCCUUACAACUUGCAGUGACCCAGAUAGCUCAGGAACGCACCGUCCGGACCGAUGAUCGGCGCUCCGCCGAUGGCGACGCAUCUGUCAACGGCCAGCCACGUCGCAAUCAGUUCGACGAAGAGGCGGAUCGUGAACAUCAACCACUCUUUGGAGCUAAGCUAGCUCGCCUGGAGUUUCCCACUUUCGCAGGAGAAGAUCCCACCGUCUGGUUCUCAAGGGUGGAGCAGUUCUUCGAAUUCCAGGCGAUCCCGGAGGGUCAAAAGGUGUCACUGGCAUCAUACCACCUGGAGGGCGAUGCCAAUCAAUGGUGGCAAUGGCUCCGCCGCACCUAUAGAGCGGAUGGCAUCCCAAUUACCUGGGAAAGCUUUUCAUCGGAACUGUGGGCACGAUUCGGACCCUCGGCUGCCACAGGGUUCGACGAAAUCCUAUCACACAUCAAACAGACUGGGUCGCUCAAGGAUUAUCAGACUGAGUUCGAACGACUCGGCAACCGCGUCCGAGGAUGGUCACAGCAGGCCCUGGUCGGCACCUUUUUGGGCGGAUUGAAACCCGAAAUCGCAGAGGGAAUCCGAAUCUUCAAUCCCCGCACCUUGAGGGAAGCAAUCAGCUUAGCCCGAGUGCGUGAAGAGCAACUCGCGCGCUAUCAAAGUCCACCCAGGAGCUCCUAUCGAUCACCGGCGGACUACACGACUCCGCCCCGGCCAAGAACGCGACCCACCUUCGAGCCCACCUUCGCGGCGCGACCACGGCCGGUCGAAGCACCACCGCAGCUCCGCAAUCGACCACAACCACCGCCGGGAGGACGGCGCAUACCAUAUGAGGAGAUGCAUCGGCGCCGUCAAGCGGGGCUUUGCUUCAACUGCGACGAAAAGUUCACCCCCACCCACCGAUGUGCCAAACCUCGCCUGAUGAUGUUGUUGGACGACGAAGAAGAAGAGGCGAUCGAGGUUGAAGAGGCGGAGGUUUCCUUCCACGCCAUCACGGGCCGGACUGGGGGAAAAACAAUGAGGGUUUGGGCCCAAGUAGGGCGAACUCGGCUAGUGGUGUUGAUAGACAGUGGGUCGACCCACAAUUUCAUCAACAACAAAACAGCCGAAGCUCUCCACCUUCCCGGCUCCUCCGUCGUUCCUUUUAACGUCAGAAUCGCUAACGGAGCGCCCCUGAAGUGCGACGGCCGACACGACGAUGUCAUGCUCAACAUCCAAGGCACCAAGUUUCCCGUCACUCUCUACGCCAUUCCUCUCGCCGGGUUCGACAUCGUUCUCGGGAUCCAGUGGUUGGAGACAUUGGGUACUGUUCAAAGCAAUUGGAAAACAUUAGCUAUGGAGUUUGAUUGGGCAGGCCGCCGGCGCCAAUUGCAAGGCAUCACCAAUUCUAGCCCCACAGAGGCCACCCUUAAAUGCAUAAUGAAGGAGGAAUCCAGUCUCCGCGCUCUUUGUCUUCCACCGCCAGCUGAAGACCCACUCCGACCUGUACCCCAAGACCUCCAGGACAUAUUACGCGACUUUGGCGAUCUGUUCGACGAACCAAGCCAAUUACCGCCGCGCCGCCAAAUUGAGCAUCGGAUUACCUUGAAGGAAGGCACAGAAGCAAUCAAUGUUCGACCUUACCGCUACGCGUACUUUCAAAAGGGGGAAAUCGAGGAACAGGUUAACAAGAUGCUCGCUGCCGGUCUCAUCCAACCCUCUACCAGUCCCUUCUCUUCUCCGGUAUUGUUGGUUAAGAAGAAGGACGGCACCUGGCGUUUCUGCACCGACUACAGAGCCCUCAACUCGGCGACCAUCAAAGACCGCUUCCCUAUCCCGACCGUUGAGGACAUGCUCGACGAACUUCAUGGUGCCGCCUACUUCACGAAAUUGGACCUGCGAGCCGGCUAUCACCAAGUGCGAAUGCACCCCGCCGACGUUCACAAAACUGCAUUCCGCACCCACAAUGGACAUUACGAGUAUCUAGUGAUGCCCUUCGGCCUUUGCAACGCACCAUCCACGUUCCAAGCUGUUAUGAACGAGAUUUUCCGGCCAAUGCUCCGCAAAUUUGUCUUGGUUUUCUUCGACGACAUUCUGGUGUACAGCCCCGACAUGGAGAGUCAUCAAGAUCAUGUUCGCAAGGUUCUCCUCACCCUACGGCAUCACAAGUUCUUCGUCAAAUUCUCCAAAUGUGCUUUUGGCCUCCAAGAGAUCGAGUACCUCGGCCACAUCAUCACAAACCGGGGCGUCAAGGUCGAUCCUAGCAAAAUCCAGGCCAUGCUCGACUGGCCCAGACCAACCACCGUCACCGAGCUUCGAGGGUUCCUGGGACUUACCGGCUACUACCGCAAGUUCGUCCGGGAUUACGGCUCUAUUGCACGAGCCCUUACCAAUCUCCUAAAGAAAGGGCAGUUCGACUGGUCACCGGCAGCAGAAGAGGCGUUCCACAAGUUGAAAACGGCCAUGUCCUCAACGCCUGUUCUUGCCAUGCCCAACUUCAACGCCCCUUUCAUCAUCGAAACGGAUGCCUCCGAUGACGGGAUCGGCGCAGUUCUGAUGCAGAACGAGAGGCCCAUUGCUUACAUGAGCCGGGCUUUGGGCAAGGCCAAGCAAGCCCUCUCGACUUAUGCCAAGGAAAUGCUAGCGAUCGUCACCGCUAUUCAGACUUGGCGGCCCUAUAUUUUGGGCCGAAGAUUCAUCAUCCGGACCGACCAGAGCAGUCUCAAGCACCUCUUGGGCCAGCGGAUUACGACGCCCGAGCAGCAACGUUGGGUUUCCAAGUUAGUUGGUUUUGAUUAUGAAAUCACCUACAAACCAGGGAGGGAUAAUCAAGCAGCCGAUUCUCUUAGUCGGCGGCCACCUACCGCAGCGCUGUUUGCGGUGUCCAUCCCUCACACGACUCUUUGGGAGGAAUUGAAAAAUACGGCUCUUACUCACCCAUAUAUGCAACAGAUCACUGCCCGUGCAAGGUCGGCAACUCCGGGUCCCUAUUCCAUCCGCAACGACAUGGUUCUUUACCGUCGGCGCGUCGUCAUUCCUCCCAACUCUCCCCUGGUGCAGCAGCUGAUGCGAGAAUUCCAUUCUACCCCUGCUGGCGGCCAUUCGGGCAUACUCCGAACUCAGAAAAGGCUGGCUGCCCAAUUUUACUGGCCGGGGAUGCUCAAAGACGUCCAGAGUUUCGUCAACGCCUGUGAUGUCUGCAACCGAGCCAAGGCUCAAACUCUCACCCCGGCAGGAUUACUCCAACCUCUGCCGAUCCCAACCCAGGUAUGGGAGGAUAUUUCUAUGGAUUUCGUUGACGGUUUGCCUAGUUCAGGGGGAAAGUCCGUGAUAUUGGUUGUCGUCGACCGCUUGACAAAAUAUGCUCACUUCCUCGCCUUGUCACACCCCUACACUGCUCGCACGGUGGUUGACCACUUUGUGACGGGAAUCGUCCGACUGCACGGCCCUCCUCGUUCCAUCGUCAGCGACCGGGACCGGGUUUUCAUGAGCCACUUCUGGCAAGAGUUGCACCGCCAAUCGGGCACUACCCUUCUGAUGUCCUCGUCCUACCAUCCGCAGACCGACGGCCAAACGGAGGUCGUGAAUCGCUGUGUGGAACAAUAUCUUCGAUGUUUUACGCACCAGCAACCCAAGCGUUGGCUACUCUCUCUUCCCUGGGCGGAGUAUUGGUACAAUACUUCCUUCCACAGCUCUGCGGGUAUGACCCCUUUCCAAGCCCUGUAUGGUCGCCAGCCUCCCGCCAUUCCCUCGUAUCGGCCCGGCGCAACCGCUGUACAUGAGGCGGACCAGACAUUAUUGGACCGCAAUGCGCUCCUCAAUGAACUGAAGACCAAUCUGUCAGUAGCGCAGCAUCGCAUGAAGCAGAACGCGGACUUACGGCGCCGCGAAGUCCAAUUCGCGAUCGGCGAUUGGGUCUACCUGAAAUUGCAGCCUUAUCGGCAGCAUACUGUGUUUCGUCGGGCGUCUCAGAAGCUUGCCUAUCGUUACUAUGGGCCUUAUCUCGUCACCGAGUGUAUUGUCCCCGUCGCAUACCGUCUUGGUUUACCCCCUGGCAGCCGAGUUCACCCAGUUUUUCAUGUGUCUCUGCUGCGUCCCUGUCCGACUCCACCUGCUGCUGCUACCUCGGAAAUUCCCCCAAUUGCUGAUGAUGGCGCGCUUCUACUUCAACCCACGGCCAUCUUGGACACACGUUACACCCGGCGCGGAUCCCGCCUUGUCAAAGAAGUCCUCGUCCAGUGGCAGUCUCUUUCUCCCGACGAUGCUACUUGGGAGUCCGCGACGACGUUCUACGAUCGUUUCGUCCAGCUCGACAUUGAGGACAAUGUCGUUUCUUCUGCGGCGGGCAAUGAUGAGACUAUUCCUCUCACUCGUCAUUCAACACGAGUAGUCCAGCCCAAUAGAAGGUAUCGAGAUUAUGUGGGGUAAUUGGGCCGAAGGAAUGUUAGCCGCUUGCCUUGUAGGAUGAGUCUAGUUGGUCUUGCUGAUUGUGCAGCAGGAUUAACAUUAGAAAAAUGAAUCAAGAGUUGUUAGAGUCUUAGCUGUUCGGGUCCUUUCAAUUAGCAUAAUAAGGUGGAGUAGGAGUAGCAGCUGUUAGUUGCAGUAGGAAGUGGUUCCACAUAGUUAGGAAGAGUCAGUUGUUUCCUUUAUAUAUUUAAGCAAUGAUCAAAUGAAUAAGAAGGCAAGCAUCAUUUGGCAAUCAACCCACUGGUUAUUCUCACCAAGAAACGAGAGCCUGGCUAGAUCCCGCCCAGAAAGGGGAUUAUUCCAAUCAUACAACUUUGAUCCUUACCAGGCACUCUACCCCUAACAAAAGAAAGAAGUUGUUUUUUUUUACAAUGAGAAUUUGGAUAACUUAACCACCCAUCAAAAUAAAUAUAAAUUGAUGAGACAUGAGUAAAUGUGCAUCAAAUUUGACAUUAUGCAGGAAAAAAUUACAAAGUGGCUGCUGUAGAAAUACGAAAAAGUUUGAAUGAAGGGUAUAGCUCGAAGAUCACAGCUUUUACUUGAGAAUAUCUCUUGAAAGAUUUCAUCUUUUCUCCUAGAACAUGCAUCUUCAUAUUUCCUGGAACUCCUUUGCUCCAAGUAUACUUACACUGCAUUUCUGAUAUUGAAUAAGUCCAUAAAGAGUAUUCAGGCCUAAUUUAUGUCCUGGAAUUUUCGUAGAGAUGUCAGUAGACGUCCUUGGCACAAUACACAAGGAUAAAGUUUAAGAUAGUUGCAAUGACAUUGAAUUAUGACAUGACCAUGCAAGUGAGGAAGUAGUACAGAGAGCUUUCACACAUGCAAGUGAGGAUAAAAUAAUUAUACUAGGGGUUAAGGAACACUUGAUUUAAUUAUACUAGGUGUCAUAUUUGCUUAUCAUUAUCAUAACCGUAGUAUAAUUAAGGAGACAGGCCUUGAGUCUAUUGGGCUUCACCCGCAUAAUCUCUAAGGUUCGGCUCCCCGGCGCAUCAUUUUAACGGGCCUAUUUUGUUGGAUUUUCCCGGCCUAAUAUAUUGUGUGGCGGCCCAAAUAAAAAACCCCGUCA